GCAAGCAAGGGCAGAACAGGAAGAGGAAUUCAUCAGUAAUACUCUAUUUAAGAAGAUUCAAGCUCUGCAGAAAGAAAAAGAAACACUUGCAGUAAACUAUGAAAAAGAAGAGGAAUUUCUCACUAAUGAGCUCUCAAGAAAACUGAUGCAGCUGCAGCAUGAGAAGGCUGAACUGGAGCAGCAUUUAGAGCAGGAACAGGAAUUUCAAGUGAACAAACUAAUGAAGAAGAUUAAAAAACUGGAAAAUGAUACAAUAUCGAAGCAGCUCACCCUGGAGCAGCUAAGACGUGAGAAGAUCGACCUUGAAAAUACUUUGGAACAAGAACAAGAAGCGCUAGUGAAUCGUCUCUGGAAGAGGAUGGAUAAGCUUGAAGCAGAAAAACGAAUUUUGCAGGAGAAAUUAGACCAGCCAGUAUCUGCUCCACCAUCACCCAGAGACAUAUCAAUGGAGAUAGAUUCUCCAGAAAAUAUGAUGAGACAUAUCAGAUUUUUAAAGAAUGAAGUGGAGAGGUUAAAGAAACAACUGAGGGCUGCACAGUUACAGCAUUCAGAGAAGAUGGCACAAUAUUUAGAAGAGGAGCGACAUAUGAGAGAAGAAAACUUGAGACUUCAAAGAAAAUUACAGAGGGAAAUGGAACGUAGGGAAGCACUCUGCAGGCAACUGUCAGAAAGUGAAUCCAGCUUAGAAAUGGAUGAUGAAAGAUAUUUUAAUGAGAUGUCUGCACAAGGAUUAAGACCUCGCACUGUGUCCAGUCCUAUCCCUUAUACACCCUCACCAAGUUCUAGCAGACCUAUAUCACCUGGUCUGUCAUAUGCAAGUCAUACAGUUGGUUUCACACCACCAACUUCACUGACUAGAGCUGGAAUGUCUUACUACAACUCCCCAGGCCUUCAUGUGCAACAUAUGGGACCAUCCCAUGGUAUUACAAGGCCUUCACCACGAAGAAGUAACAGCCCCGACAAAUUUAAACGUCCCACUCCUCCUCCUUCUCCAAACACGCAGACCCCAGUGCAGCCACCUCCGCCACCACCUCCACCACCUGUGCAACCUACGGUCCAAUCCGCAGCGUCGCAGUCAGCCACUUUUCAGCAUUCAGUGCAUCCCUCCUCUCAGCCUUAGUGCAUGUGCUCAGCAGUCUGUAUGUCAGAAGUGGACUCAUAACAUGGAGCAGUUUACUAAAAGCCAAAGGCUUACUUGGCAUAUUUGGAUUUGACUUAUUUGCACUGAGGUUAUAUAGGCUUCACUGUUAAUUGUGUUGUAAACGUUUGUAUAAAAUGCAGCCAGUGUUGUGGGUCUACAACACUAACUUAACAAAGUUUUCCAUCAGUGUUUACUUGAACUACAUGUAUGUCCAUUCUCUGGCUGGAACAUUUGCUACUCUGUUUGGUAAUACGGCAUUAUGUCGUUUUGCUUGGCUCCAAAGCUUCGUUUUCCUGGCUUUUAGGUUUGUAAAAUUAAAGGGAUACCUUUUUAUAUUUUUUCAUGACAAUUUGCAGAAAAUUAAAGGCAUGAUGGGUUAUAUGAUAAAUUCUGAACUAUUACAGUGUUUACCAAGCUUAUGGAAAAUCAGCACUACGUUUCAGUCAUUUGAAAUAACAGCUUCUAGUGCAAAAGUGAGUCAGACACCCUAAUCAGUGCCCCAGACACAUACUCAGUUGUAUUAUGUAGUAAAUAAGCUUAAUUCAGCACACAGGACACAUCCAUACUUCUCCUGGUUAAAAGCACCUCAAACGUAUGGUACAGUCGGAAUUUUACAGUGAGGGAACUGGCUUGUUUGGAGUCUGUGGAAUGUACAAUUCGUGGACCUUAAGAUUUGAUGAUUUCACUUGACAUUUAGGUUAACCUGUAAGCUGCCCAUACUGUGUGACCUGUCACAAUGACCCUCGGUAAGUGUGGUCCUGCCCGCAGGUUACUGACAGCUGAUGACAGCGCGCUCUUUGGUUUUUUUGCUGCAGAAGGCAACGUGAUUGUAGAGAACAGCUGAUGAUAUUUUUUUUUUCUUGUUGAAAUAUAUUAAUUGUGAUUCCCCUGAAGCAAAGUUUGAACAGGUAUUCUAAAUGUUCAGAAGUCUGUUAGAAAAUAAGAUACCAGAUGAAGAUACAGGACUAUAUUGGCGUAACAGCCAAAAUGUUGUAUUGCUUGGUAGAAACAGAGUACAAGAAAGUAGCACAAUGUGGCACUAAUGAAUGCUUAUUUAGCAGCCUAAGCCGGUACAAUGUAUAAAGAAAUGUAUUCUGAAUACAUUCUUUCCAUUCAUUUAGCACAAAUAAAUUGGUUUCACUUUGCAGUGGAACAAAGUGUCACUUCUUGAUAUUGACAUGUUACUCAGUUACGUUUUUCUUGAGGUUCUUGUUGAGUACUGAGGUUUAUAUAUUAUUGAUGAUUUUAAGUGGUUUACCUCAUAUAUAUGGAGAUGUGGGCCAUGGAAAAUGACAAGAGAAUGUUUAUUUUAUGAGAAUAUGUAUCUGGCUGUAAUCAGAGCAGAACGUGAGUAAUUUAUCUUUUGUUUACAAAAGUUUGUUUGACAUGCCUAAUGCUUUAUUAAGGACAUUUUUAAGAGGAAGUACAGCAUUCUGGUAGUAUACUAACACUUGUACAUAUGUUUUCAUGUUUGCCGCUCACCUAUUCAGUAAGAAUUGCAAACUGAAAAGUCUUUAUAAAAUUAGUGCUCUAAAUCAAACUAGUAAGUUAAAAUAAUGUUGUAAAAGGUUCCGCUUAAGGCAAAACUAGAGUUUUUUCAUUGUAGCUAUGUAGUCUCAGCUCGGAGAGAAUUUAGAGAAUUGCGUAUAUAGUCUAUUACACUUAAACCAAUACGGGAUCAAGUGCAUUAUCAAAUUACAGUAGUUAUGGUAGUGACUCUUCAAUCAAGUGAUUCUCAAGAUUAUGGCAGACCUAAAAUUUGACCAGUGCUUCCAUCUGAAAAUAAUUCACCACAGCAGAUGCUCACCUUUCCAUAGAGAAAACUCAGCUGUGAGCGUUGUAAUGAAGCAGAGCUCCUGAAUCAGUUGUAGGAUUGCAUGUGUGAAAAUUACAGGCAGGCAGAGGUGGGACUGAGGUGAAGAUAGGAUUGGUUUAGUUUGAUGCUUGUCCUUUUGUAAACAUAAGACAAAGAGAAAAAAAUACUCUCUUAUAAGUAGGAUUCCAGCUCAAGUAUACCACUAUUUUAAAUGGUGGCCUCCUUUCUGAAGUGCUUUGAGAUUCUUGAACGUGUGGCUCUAUAGUGUGAGCUCAUAGUGGUGGUAGUAUAAAUGUGAGGGGGGCGGGAGGGAAUGGAAAGCCUUUGACAGUGUUGUUUUAAGAUCUUAAAAUGGAAAAUGGCCUAGAAUGAUUUACUUUUGAAGCAUAUUCCAAAACUGAAUUAUGUGACCCAAGUUCAGCUGCUGUUAUAAAGUGUCUUAGUGAAGUCUCCUUACUAUUCUGGUGGGACUGUUACCAGAGGAAAGUAAAGAACUGACAAAUGUAUACUAAAUCCUGAAAGUGUAACAAGGCACUAAGUCAGCCUUACCUAACUAAGAAGGUCGAACAAACAUUUGCUUGCAAUCAGACAUGUUAAACUCCAUUUGUAGACUUUUUGAAUAAGAUGAGGAAUUGUGCACAACCAUCUCCUAAUAAAUAUGAAUGGAUUUUCAGUUUUACUGGUGAAUUAUAGUCAUGAAUUAUGAUUUCGAAGCUGUGAUUUUAUCAGAUCUUCUAUGGACUGGAGAAACUCACUUGACAGUGAGGUCCAGCUUACCCUGAGGGCUUCAGUGCUUGGCUUCUUUAUCUCAGAAGCACGUGGGUGGGUUUCUGCUGUGCUUUUCAUUAUAGUACACUGCAUAUCAUCAUAACAGCAAUUUUUAGCUGUGAUGAGCAUUUUAUGAGUGUACCGGUUUAUAGCUAAAAGGUUGUUUGUGGUUGUUUUUUUUUUUCCAAAAAGUAAAAAUCUUUUAGCUGUUUGAGCAGUGCUUUCCUCUCUGACAAUCAGCAGCUUUCUUUUUACUUUUUCUCUCAAGGGAUCUGGCUUGGACACUGGAAUGCAGCUGAGACUCUGUAGAGCAUUAAGAGUUUAUUUUAUCCACGAUUUGUUCCAGAGAAGUUCUUUGGAAGAAGAGGUGGGACUGUUCGGAGAUAGUCUUCCAGCUAACAGCCAGAUAAGAUUAUUUUAAUUACAUGUACUAUUCUGAGAGCGUAUUCCCAAGGGCAGAAAGUACUAUCAGAGUUUUUCAAGAAAGUGUCAGUGUUUGUAAUUGGCAAUUGCUGAACUGGAGCUGAACAUAACAGGAUUCCUCUCCUAUUACAGAGUUUGUGUUCAGGAAUCCACCUGCCUGGGUGGAGUCCCUGUGCACUUCAGCUGAAUGAAAAAUGCAGUCUUGGAAGCAGUGAAAAUGAGAAGGCUUCCUGGGAUCUGAGCAAGUUGUGCUGCUGACAGGAGGCAAUUUAGAAUGUAUGUUUUGUUAAAUAAAUGGAAACUGAUCAGGGAGACAAGAAAAAGAUUCUUGAAUACUUUGUCAAUCAAAGAACAGAGUCGCUCAUCCUCAGUAUUGAUUAUUUCAUACUAAGAGGAUGCAUCCUGGGACCUUGUUUAAGACUCGUAGUGCUUUUUCUAAUCCUAAUGCUUAGCUUUACAAGUAGUAUGAAUUCUAAUACUCUUCAACUUUUUGAUGUUUCCCUUUUGUUUCAGUCAUGGCAGUCUAUUUCUUUUUGAUCCUUGGGAGUCUACAGAGCAUGGACUAUGCAGAGCAUAUUUCUCCAGUUCAAGCCAUCUCAUAAGAAACCACAAGGUUUAUGAGUGUAAGCUAUAAAAUUGUAAUAUGUGCAUAUGUUACAACAGCGUCCUUGAGGGAAAAGAUCUGAUAGAGAACAGAGCCCCUGAGUACCAGCUGAACUGUAUGCAUAGAGACAAUCUGGUUUCCUCAGUUCCCUGAGAAGCUGAAUGCCUCUCCCAGCCCCAUUCGGACUAGUGUUCUUUUUUUUAAAUUCCACAUCUCAUUGCAAUAAAAUACUCAGGAUAUCCUUCAUGUUCCUUUUGGCUAAUAACCACUAGUCCCCAUACAAAUAGAGGUUAAGAGUCAUUGCCACUUUGUGGACCAGAGGAAGUCACUGAAUAUGCCAGAUCGUGGCCUUUACAAUGCAGUCCUAGUUCAAGUGGGAGUGUGUGCUCAUAUCAUGAUUUAUUUCUUUUUUUAAAGCAGCUGCUGCUGGUUUUGCAUUAAUAGUGUGCCCUGAAAAGGAGAGAAAACUAUGGUCUUUGGCACUGCCUUAACAGACAGCUGCUACAUUAGGGAGAAUAGUGCUUGUUCCUCUUCAACUCAUUAGGCUCCAAAGAAAAGGACUACCUCAUCUUCAGGUUGGGUUGAUACGGCUGCAGGGUCAGGAGAAAUGUCAUAGCUGUGCUAGGUUUUGUUCUGCAUGUAUUACCUGGAUAGGAGUCUUUCCUCACUGGAACUGGGCUCCAGAGGUUGUAAAGCUUUUGUCGAGGAGAAGUGAGGAGGCAGGGCAGAUGGUUGAGGGUUGAGUUUGAGAAAACUGUGUGUCCCUGUAGUAAAUUGCUGCUCAGAGUACUCUUUGGCUAGGCCUGGGAAUUGCCUGUACUAAAACUACAUUAUUUUUUUUUUUUCUGUGUGGUUUCCUUUCAAAAAGUGCUAUGUUGCAGUUCUUAAGUUCCUGGCAUUGGGUAUCUAAUUUAAAAAAAAAAAAAAAAAGAGAAACAAAAAAGCAAUUCCCCUUUCCAGAGAAAUAUUGGAAGUAGUCUUCUACGUGCAAAGGUGUUUCAGAUGAAAUCUAAGCCUCCUGUGGAGGAAGAAAAAAAAAAUCACCUGACAGCUGUAGACUGUUCCUUUCCUGCAGAAAUACAGCAAUUUCCUCAAAUGCAAGUAAAAAUGGAACAAGCAUCCUUGAGCUUUUCUGAAGCUUAUAUUUAAUUUCAGUACCUUGGUGAUUGCUCUUGUGUAUUUAGAGAAUCUAUGAAGCCUCGUUAUAGGUUGGUUGGGUGUCUAGCUGGUUAUUCCUAUGUUUUCCUGAUCCUAGUGAAGGAAGGCUGUUCAAAUUUGGAUCAAGUUUAUAAAUCCACUGGUUAACAACAAUGGUCAAAGUGCAGGUUUGUUGAGCAUGAAUCCAAGUGGUGACUUCAAAAGCAUUACACUGUGUUGGUGUGAAUUGGAGCUUAUCGUUAAAAGAACCUUGAUACAAAGAAGGUUGUUUGGUUUUUUUUUAGCAGGUUAUAUUUUAUUCUGUAUUAGCUGUAUUAUUGCUUUGUUGUAUAUCUCAAGGUGUUUACAUAUAUUUGUAAUUGUUACGAUGUGUCUGUAAUCAAGCUCAUCUGUGCCUUCAUGCAGACUUCCAAUAAACACUUGAUUUUUUUUGUAUUUACCUUGUAUGGAA